AUGUCCCGCUUGGUCUUCACCCGCGGAGCGGCGCAGCUCACGUCGCUCCACGCCGUGCCGCUGAUCCGGACACCCGUGUCCACCGUCAACCACUCGCUCGCACUGCUGAACCUCCGCAAGCUGCUCCUCGGCCGCCCCGGUCUCCUCGGGGUCAAGCGCGGCAUGAUCACCUGGUUUACCAACGACGGCAAGCAGUUCCCCGCCACCGUCAUCGAGAUCGACGCUUGCGAAGUCGUUGCCAACAAGACCGUCGACUCUCACGGCUACUGGUCGGUGCUUUUAGGGCAAAUCGACAAGAUGAAAAACGUGCUGGCGCUGGACCUCGCCAAGUUCGAAGCCGCUGGCAUUCUGCCCAAGCGCCACACCGCUGAGUUUAGAGUGCGCGACGAGCUGGGGCUUAUUGCUCCCGGCACUGAGCUUAAAGCUGACUACUUCGCCGUCGGCCAGCUUGUGGACUGCAUGGCCGUCACCAAAGGUAAGGGGUUUGCCGGGGUGAUGAAACGUCACGGUUUCGGUGGUUUGAACGCCUCGCACGGUGUUUCCAAAGCUCACAGACACCCUGGUGGGUCCGGGGGUAACCAGGACCCGGGGAGAGUGUUGCCAGGGAAGAAGAUGCCCGGGCACAUGGGUGCCCGCAACUGCACCGUGUGGAACAACGAGGUGUUGCACGCCGACGGCAACGCCGGCAUCUUGGUCGUCAAGGGCCAGGUGCCCGGCCCCAACAAGGGUUUUAUCCGCAUCGCCGACGCCAAGAAGAUCUACGGUAAGUCGGUGCAAGACUUGCAACGCCAGGACUAG